GUGUACGACCUCAUACUGAAGGUACCCGCAGGCAAAAUCAGCACGUAUAAAGCCAUAUGCGCUGCUUUGGGCUCUGGCUCCCCACGUUCGGUUGGGACAGCGCUGCGAAACAACCCGUUCGCGCCGUUCGUGCCCUGCCAUAGGGUCGUGGCAUCGAACUUCUUCGUCGGCGGAUUUUUCGGCGAGUGGACAGAUCUCAAGGGCGGAGCGAACAAGGGAAAGCGGAAGGUGAGGAUGUUGGUACAAGAGGGCAUUCCGUUCACGGCGGAAGGAAGGCUAGUGAGAGGGGAGAAAUAUCUAUGGGCUGGACCGGACGCCGUUGUGUCGAAUUGA